CGUCAUUUCCCCCGGUUUAGGCUUUGAUUUGCUUUGCCUUGUUCUGUUUUGCCUCUUUCAACUCAAACCUAGGUACUCAAAUCACACUCAACAUUGAACAUUUUCUCUCGCUUUUGCUCUUUCCCUGGUUCGCUUGUGUUUUGCUACCUGGACCAGCUGCGUUUCUUUUCUUCCAGAAACUGAGUAUCGACUGCUUGGACUUACAUCUGCACCUUCCCUGCGCUCUUUCAUCCCGACUCGACUACAAAGACAAGCAACCGGCUACUUCUCUUUCUAUCUUUGCGCGAUGAGGUAGAAUUGGAGCAAGCACACGCCUUUCCCGCCCUUCCUUCCGGAAAACUCCACCCUUCCUCUGGAGGUGCUCCUCGACUCUUACCGCACGAUAGAUACUCAACAAGAGGAGCAAAAUGAGUCCCUCGAGCCCUCUAUCUUUCGUCCCUGACGGAGAAACUUCAACACUCUCGUCGCCACUCUCCAAUCUCUCCAGAACACCAUCAUUGCCUUCGUCACCUGACAUGCCCGACCCCACGAAGCGCUAUCCAUCUCCAUCAACAACUGCAUCGGGCCCGCACUCUCCAGAUAAGACGUGUGACCUUCCAUCCGAAGAUGAAAUUGUCGCCAAACCACUCGAUGAUUCCACUUCAGGUCCCCCGCCAGCCAAAAAGCGUCGUAUAUCUCCCCCGAAAGAACGUACCACCGAGUACCUAGAUCUGAUGAAGCCCGAAGAUGAACUCACUGCAGAAGAUCGUGGCCAGUUGAAAAGGCUCAUUGAUACAUUGCGCAAGAAAAAGAAGAUUGUUGUCAUUGCUGGUGCUGGAAUUUCGGUUUCAGCAGGAAUUCCCGACUUCCGCUCAUCCACUGGCUUAUUUGCGACCGUCAAAACCCAGCAUAACCUCAAGGGCUCUGGUAAACAUCUGUUUGAUGCUUCAGUUUACAAACACGAUUCCACAACUCAAUCUUUCCAUGCAAUGGUCAGAGAAAUGGCCACAAUGACGAAAGCUGCUAAACCUACACCAUUUCACGAACUAUUAGCAUCCCUGGCUCAAGAAGGCCGCUUAUUACGCCUUUAUUCGCAAAAUAUCGACUGCCUUGACACCCAGCUAAAGCCUCUGGCCACUGAGGUUCCCCUUAACCCCAAAGGCCCCUGGCCUGUUACAAUCCAGCUGCACGGCGGUCUCCAGAAAAUGGUCUGCACCAAAUGCAACAAUAUCCGGGAAUUCAACGGCGAGGUUUUUGACGGCCCAGAGGCCCCACUUUGUCCAACAUGUAAAGAUCUCGACGAAGUUCGGACCGCCCAUGCUGGGAAGCGAAGCCAUGGCAUCGGCAGACUACGACCACGAUUUGUGCUCUACAAUGAGUACAACCCAGACGAGGACGCCAUCGGAAAUGUUUCAAGCGCUGAUCUUAAGGCCCGCCCUGAUGCUGUAUUGGUAGUGGGAACGACACUCAAGGUUCCUGGAACUCGCAGACUAGUGAGGGAGAUGUGCCAAGUCACACGAGGACGAAAGAAUGGUACGGCUAUUUGGAUCAACGUGGACGACGAACCCAAAGGCGUCGAUCUGAAAAAUUGCUGGGAUAUUGUAGUACGGUCAAAGUGCGAUGACGUGGCUCGAUCUGCGGCACUUCCUCCCUGGAAUGUCACCAUUGGGCAGGAUUAUGAGGUGUCCGAGGAAGACUUCUCCAAGAGCCAAGAGGAUCGUAAACACUUCAAUUUCUUUGUUGAAAUUCCGGUCAAUUCUGUCUCCACACACUCUCAUACUGAAGGCCAGGGCGCAGCCAAAUCGAAGCAGGUCAAGCAGGUGCAGGGCAUACCAACACCUCAUGCAAGCCCCAAGAUAUCAGCGAUCAAAAACCCGGCGAAGACGAUGCAGACCACGAUAUCUUUCGAUGGCAAGGUUACGACAGACCAGCCUUCACAACUCUCCAAACGCGGGUCCUCUAAACAAAGCGGGCGCAAGAGAAAGGCCCCAGGUGGACAUAAGGAGGCGCAACUUAAAAGUUUCAAGGCAACUAAAAAUAUUAUCGGCCAAGAGAAGGCCGGCGGAUCUGCAUCAGCUACUCAGACGAAGCGGAACGUAACUGGCAGAGGGAAAAAUCGCCAUCCUCUGCCCUCUCAACGUCCCACGAAUGCGCCGCAUAAAGAGACGUUGACUAACACCAAGGAUCUAGACGAGAAGGUCCGUCAACGGGAAACAGGUUAUCCUUCAACUCCAACCACAAAAAUGAAUGGUACCAUUUCUCCACGAUCGUACCCUAACAAUACGCGACAUCUGAUCGAUUAAGAGCAGAAUCAGCACGAUAGUAUUUAGAGGGAACAGAAAACCUACAGAUAGCCCAUGUUAUUAUCUGUAUUCUUUAGCAUUCAUGGAGUAUGGGGUUGGCUGAUACCAGAUACUACAUAUCAAGCUGCGGUCUCUGGGACCGACAACACAGGCAGCGAAUGAUGUAUACUACUAUCCAGGGGCAGACUUGUAUUAUUUGGGACCAAGGUUUUGUUAACGCCGAGGCAGCGGGUGCCCGGUUCGGCUUGGUUGAAUAGAGGCGUUAUAGGGAAGAGCCUUGCAGCUGGACAGCCAAGGUCAAUUACAUAGAGGCGGCAAGAGAUGCGCCAGAUUCAAAUAUUAAUCUGAUUAUUGAAG